AUGGAUUUUCGACAGUGGGACUAUGGUACAUAUGAAGAGAAGGAGAAAGCUAAUUCUGAGAAGGACAAAGCUAAUGCUGAGCAAGAGGCUGGGAAAGAGAAGGAUAACAUCGAGAAUACUGAGCAAGAGGCUGAGAGAAAAUAUGAUGAAGAAGAAGGGGAAGAGAAAGAGGACACGGAAGACAGUGAGAGUGAGAGUGAGAGUGAGAGUGAGACUGAUGAGUUGAAGCAAUUGAAGGAGAGAAGUAGAGCACAAGCUGAUAAACUGUGGAAAGAAAUUGAAGCGGAUGAAGAAGAGGUUGGAGGGAAACAGGAUGAAGAAGAAGGUGAAGAGAAAGAGGCUGAAACCAGUGACGGAGAGAAGGAGAACAGUGAGGAUGAUGAGAAAGUUGAAGAAAAAAUGGUGGAAUCUGAGGCUGAAGGCGAAGAUGAUCAAGCAGAGGUUGAAGGGAAAGAGGAUCAAGAAGAAGAAGUUGUAGGGAAAGAGUCUGAAACCAGGGAGCAAGAAAAGGAGAAAAGUGAGACUGAUGAGGUGGAAUCUGAGGCUCGGGAGGCAGAGAUAGAAAAAGGAACUCCGACACCACCACGUGGGAAUCAGACAGAGGAAUCUCCCAAAGAUGAUCACAAUGAGCCUCGGGUUGAGACGAAUAGAACCGAUGAAACUCCAACACCACCACGUGGGAAUCAGACGGAGGAAACUCCCACACCACCACGUGGUAGGACUAAGGCAAUGGCUGCGAGGAGACUAGUGACAAGGCCUAUGGAGGAAGAACCUGGAAAAGGUGUUGAAGUUGUUGCGGAAGAGGCUGUAGAAACAGAGGGAAAAAGCAGGAAGAAAGUUGCGGAAGAAGAGAACAAAGAGGAAGAGGCUGUGAAAGUUGUUGAAGAACAGGCUGGGGAAAUUGUCUAG